AUGUCCGCGUGGUAUAAUCCACAAGCUGUCUGUGCUUAUCAUUCUGGGGCCCCCGGACAUGCCACAUUUGAUUGCAAGGCGCUUAAGCAUAAAAUCCAAGAUAUGGUUGAAGCCGGGGAGAUUGUAAUCCGGAAAAGGGAGGCGCAAGGGCCGAACGUAAAUAGGAACCCUUUACCGGAACAUGCCAAUAUCAUUGGGGUUAUUCUGGAUGAUACGGAGUAUGUGGAACCAGUCAGAGAAUUGAAUUUGCCAUUUGAAAAGGACGAAAAGCCCUUUAUUUUGGAUCUCACGCCAGCUGAGAGUGAGGCUUUGGAGCCAAUAGUCGUCGAAUUCCCGAAGCAGGAGCCUGUCCUGAGCCUGCAACAAGUACCGUGGAACUAUGAUGAACCUGUCAUACAGAUUGGGGAAAAGAUAAUUGCAAAGGAAGAAGUGUCAGCGAUCACCGGAUCGGGGAAGGUUGCAAGUCCAUUUGAAGCUGCCAUUCCGAUUCAAGCAAAAAACUCCGAGCCGCCCGUUAAACCAACAAUCACCGAGAAAGAAGCCUUGGAUUUCCUUAACAGACUUCAGAGAAGUGAAUACAAUGUAGUUGAGAAGUUGAGCAAGUCGCCUGCCCAGAUAUCCAUGUUGAAUCUACUUUUUUCUUCAGAUAUGCAUAGGGACGCGCUGAUCGAGGUGUUGACCAAAGCUCAAAUCCCUAAGGAUAUUUCAGUUGAUAAUUUCUCACACGUGGUUGGGAACGUAUUAUUCACCAAACAAAUCACUUUCUCUGACGAGGAAUUGCCGGCAGAAGGCAUUGGACAUAACAAGGCCCUGUACAUAGUUGUGAGGUGCAACGGAAAAAUGCUGCCGAAGGUAUUGAUUAACAAUGGAUCCGCUCUUAAUAUAUGUCCCUGGAGCACUUUGGAAAAGUUAGGAUUGCAAGACGUCAAGCUGAGGCCUUCAGGGACCAUAGUCCGAGGUUUUGAUAGAGCGCAAAGAGAGCUAAUAGGAGAAAUUGAUUUAGUAGUUGAGAUGGGACCCGCGCAGUUUCAAAUAACCUGCCAAGUUAUGCACUUUCCUAGUGUUUACAACGUUUUGCUUGGAAGGCCGUGGAUUCAUAAGUCCGGAGCCGUGCCGUCUUCAUUGCAUCAGUUGCUGAAGUUUGUAGUAAAUGACAAGCUGAUCACUAUAUUUGCCGAGGAGGAUUGCCUUGUAAUCACCGAUUCCGAGUCCAAAGAAGAGGGUAGCCGAAGCUCCACAGUGACCCCUCAUAGCACAUCUGAUAUUGUCUCCGUCAGUUGGAUAAAAAGGAGGAGCAAGCUCUAUCAAGGGCCAGUGUUAUGA